AUGCCGAUAAGAAGGAACUCGGGGUCCUCAGGGAGGAGGAAAAGUGUGGGGGAGCGCGCUUCCCAGUCCCAAACUGAGCCGGUGCCUCUUCCCCCUGCCAACAGCCUGCUACAGGAGUUGCUGAUGGAUCUUGGCCUCACCGAAACCGCUAAAACGCUGGAGGAGGAAAGUCGCCGACGACUCCAGAGUUUCGCUUGUCCUACCACGGAGCAUGCAAAGCCAUCCGGCAACAGCACACCGCCUUUAAGUUCUGGCCGUGCGGAAAACAAGGGCAUCAACAGCAAUAUGAAAGCAGUCAAGGCCAAGUGGCACAACGGCAAGGAUGGCAGUGGCAACGCGGCAUGUGUGGCAGGUAAUACCGAGAGCGAGGCCGAUAAGCAGCUGCCUCCGUUGCCUCCAGAUUUUUCUAGAAUGGCGCUUUUUCGGUCUCUCAUGCGUCGAAGCAAUGAGGGUGGGGAUGAAGCAACCAGUGUGGGUGCUCUUCAAGAGCUCUGCCACAUAGGCAUCUCUCCUCUCAGGUGGGGGGCGAGCCGGAACGCCGCUACCACGGAUGGCAACGGCGGUGAGGAAAAGAAGCACAAUAGCGUUGGCGGAUUGAUUACGCUGACGCCCUACUUGCGGAAGCUCUUCCACGUCUUUUUGGACGUUAAUGGUUCUGAAGCCGAGCAGGGGGAGGAAGGAAGUGAAGCAACGUCGGAGAAGAUCUUGCCUUUGGAAUGGGCAUCCUUUCUGGAAGUGUUUUUUGCGUACGUCGAAGUGCUGUGGACACAGGUUCACCUUGUAGAAGCUGUGUCGUGGGCAGACUUUACGUCCCAAGGGUGGCUUCGCCACCGGGACACUAUUUUGGAGCGGCUUUCCCUGAUGCACGAGAAGCUUCAACGGCUACUGCUGCAUGCCCAUCAGGUGGAAAUUAAUAGUGAUGCUUUCGAUCAUUCUAACCCUUGCCAGGGUAAAAAUCAGCAGGCACCCCAGCUGCCUGCUCGAGAAGGCACUAAAUCUGACCCGUCACACUCGCGCGCAGAAGCGCAGGACGGGGCGGUGUCAAUCAAGGAUAUACAAGGCGGGAUUAUUGCAUUGUUUUGCCAUGGUGCACCCAUCUUCAGGAAAAAUAUAGAAGAAGUCUCUACAUGGAUCAUAAGUCACUGUGGGCACCACAACAAAGGCCAAGACUCAUAUGAUUUUUCAGAAGCAAAACUGAACGAACCCAUCACUUGUACGGAAAGUUCUCCAGCGUCUUCUUCCGAGGAAAAGGAAGACGUGGAAGGAGGAGGGUCGGCGCGUAAGCCGUGGCAGAGGCUGAUGGGUGUGGUGCGGCAUGCAGUCCUUAUGGGAGGAGAGGAAGUGUCGGAGUCAGCUCUCAACGCAGCGGGGAAUUCAUCGACGUCUAACCCCAUACUUCGCUGGGCGCAAAUGUUUCUUAGAAUACAACUUCUUGCCUGGGUUGUUGGCUCUCUCGCCGAACUUUCCGACGUCCUCCUGCAGCACUCUCAGAUGUCUACGCAAAGGCCGUCGUGUAAGAUCGAGGGAGAUCCACAACGGAAAAGUAAUCAAGCUUGUCGGAGGUUCCCUACGGUGUCAGCUUCCUUAGGGCUUUGGUAUCAAACCUGCGCCGCGCAGAUUUUGGAGUUCAACGAUGUAAACAAACGAAACUGCAAGGAUUGCACGCCAGUUGCCGAUAAAGGGCAGGAAAGCGGCUCAGUUCAGCGUUUACCACGCUCGCGUCGGGUCAAGGCGGCAGAGAAAGAUGAAAACAUUGGGUCGACGCUCGUGAAUGCGCUUAAGCGAGCUGCACACGAAUUCCUCGUGGGUGCACCAACAUGGAGUGCCCCACUUCGUCUUUCACUUGUGGGAAAUGAAUUGCAGCACGAAACGAGUGAAAACUUGUCGAACUAUAAGGGAAUUCAUGGAGAAACGCAUUCCCCAGCAUCUGGGAAUCGUGGCAGAGAUAUUAAUCUGGAUGUUUUGGGUGCGUUGGCUACCGGGCAGCCGUAUCACAUGCGUCGGACUUCCACGCCGCGGCGUGUUCCACUGUAUUUUCUCCUAAAGAGAAUUCUGCGUGCACCAAGGACUCUUUUGGACCUUCAGAAUGAGCGUGUGCCGAUGGAUAUCCAGCUGGGAUCCAUGGAAAACCCGGUGGUGCACAUGCGUUUGGCUAAUUUGCAAGGCAAUGGCGGGGCAAGAAAGGGCCUUCGUAACGGGGGCCGGGAAGGAGGAACGCAGAGUCAAGGGGCGGUAGGUGAACCUGUCACGGUGAGUACCUAUGAGGGGGAAGUCGCAGUGUCAGGCGAGGCCACCCUAGGCCCCGUGGACCCGCUUCAAUCUCUCUCGGAUGGCACUGGAAUCGGGGUCGAUUUGCCAGGCGCCAUGGAAGAACCCGUUGCACCUGCGUCCUCGUCUUUGCCGUCAUUUCCGGUCCAGUUUCAGGCGCUGAUGGACCGCGUGAUGCAUCCGACGAAUGAGACGACGCAGUCCGAAGCGAGCGCCUCCGCCGCGUCCGAUGAGGAUGGCGUGAGUUCAACAGACUACAACCUUGAUCGCCCAACAGAUGUGGUGUUAAAUGAAGUCCAGCUUGUUGCUGUGACGCCGUGCGGAUCGCUCUUAGCCCUUUUAACGACAAAAGGGAGAUUGGUCGUAUUUGCGCUUCGCGCCGCAAAACAUCUCGCCCACACAGACAUUCAUGAGCACGUCCAAGAUGCAUUUUGCGAGCGGCGUGUCCUGGAUGUUGCCCUGGUGAAGGACUCGAAGGAACCCUACUGGUAUGAGCAGCUGGAGUCGUUUCUUGCAUUCUCUCCCUUCGGCCGGUUUCUUCUUUGCUCCGUGCAGAAUGCCCCACCGUUUGUGCCGGAAGGCAAUGAGACGAACCGCUCACAUCAUGCAACGACAGGUAAAGUGUUUAUCUACUCACUGCACUGCCCAGACGAUGGUCAAAGUGAGCCGUUGGAUGUCGUAAGCCCCGUUUUUGGCGGCGAUGAGGACCACCUCUACGGUGCGUUUCAAGUCCACAAAACUCUCAUCACAGUCGCACGUUGGUUGGAUCCUCGCUUUUGGCAAGGCACCGCACCCCCGCGCACCUGUGCAGCGGAUAAUGACACUCCUCUGUGGAAACGGGAGGCGCGGCGGCGCCUCUCUGCACUUCAGUGUCUUUCUACUGGCAGAGACAAUCUCAUUCUUCGCUGGUCGCCCGCAGAUGGAUCGAUUAUACAGAGCAUCGCCACCCUUCCUGUAUUUGAUAUCCUGGUCUCGCCGCUGAUGCAGGCAUUUUACACCAUCAAUCAAUGCGGGCAGCUCUCUAUGUACGACGCCUGGAAUGAGCGCGACAUUGAAAGUGCAAAGGACAAUGUGGUCAUUGUCUCCCAGCGUGGACUCCCUGUUGCACUCUCCGCUAUGCAGUCGUCGGCUGAAAUACGGGAUGGGAGCUUCACGCAAAACUCAGCAUUUCCUAGCCAAGAUGGGGAAAUGCAGGAUACCUUUUUUGUGGGGACCCGCAGAAUAGGUUUCGAUCGACGCUCUUUGGCAGGCGGUGGAACAGAAAAUGAAUCUGCCAUGUUGCGAAUGUCGAGGAUUGUGCAGGAGAGUGGACUUCCUGCAGGAAGCGAGACAACAGGGGGAAAUCGGUUGGGUCGUCGUAUCGUGCAUCAGGUACUGCGCCAGGAGGGAGAUUAUCUUGGCUCGCAUACGCUGGCUAUGAUGGAGCCUUCCUCUGACUCUGAGAGGGGCAAUGAGUAUCAAGACAACGACAGUGACGACGGCGAAGCCACCGGCGUUUACAACAGCCACCGUCAAGGAGGUGCGGACAGGAACGUGAAUGCUGAGCCCAAUCUCCUCUCGUUUCUUCGCGCACGUCAUUCGAAGGGCGAGGGCAAGAAGGCACCCACGCUUCGUGGAGGGUCGCAGGGGUACGACGAUGCCACUGUCGCUGGAGAAGCCGUUCUCUACCGUACAGGGUCCCGCUUAGUGUUUGAAGAAGUUUCACAGUUGCUGUGCCACAGUGUGCGUCUUUGGCCGGAAACUCAAGAAACCAGGUAUGCCCCGCCACAGCAGCCCUAUCAGCUGCUUAGUAUGGAAGCCUCCGGUAAUCCGGUUUGGAGUGACGCGGAGGAUGCGAGUUCAUUGGCGGGUGAUGAGUUCAUUUUUCAUGAAACUCCACGGGCAGUCUCAAGUGCACCGUCCGCGCCUAGCUAUUACACAGAUCUCUGUAAUACGCGGGCAAAGGAGGGCCACCACGGCAACGGCUACAGCAUCAACAACGCCAGCCGCAGAUGUCAUAGAGGUACUGGCACCUCGCCUCAGAGAAUAGAAAACUUGGGUGGAAGUUGCACUGUAGUGAACACUCAUCCACAGCCAAAAGGGAAUGUUGUCUUGUCUCCUGUUGCAAAAAAUGGCCGCUACUUGUGUAUUAUGGCCUCCGUUGGGCCGAGCCGCGUCAGUGUUCCAUAUGAACGCCCCCUCGAAUAUCACGCAGGUAUAUAUGCCUGUUUGGUGUUUGAUGUGCUUUACGGUAGUGUUCUGCGUGUCAUUCCUGUCUGUCCGGUCCUUCCACGAACGAUGCUGACGGAGAAUGGCAUCUCGCACUUUCACUCCCACAGCAAGCGGGCCCCAAUCUACAUGCUGCCUUGCGCUGUCACAGUUGUGAGACAUCCGCACCGGCGGCGCUCAGAGGCACCUCCAUCUUCUCUCUCAGCAACUAGGCGAGGGAGUUGUAGUCCUCUGGAAGCCACGCCCAGUUUAAGUUGCCUGCGCCACGCGCAGGAAGGAGACGAAGAAGAGGCGGCGAUGGAAUCCAACGACGAGAAUGACCAUGAGCAUCGCAACAGUGUCAGGGGGGAUGACGAAGAUUCAAUGGUGCUUGUCGCAGUCGGUGGCCUGCAUAGCACAACGUACGUUUUCGAUGCCCUAACAGGGGCGCGUGUGAAGGUGGUGAGUUUGCGAAAGCAAGCGGAUGCCAAGAACGCACUGACGUCUACCCAAACUCGGCCUCCGACUAAACGGGCACGCAGCUCUUACGUUUCUCUGGUUGGCAUUGGUGACUUCAGUGGUCGUUCUUUACGCGGGGAGAGCGGAGCCAACGACAACGACGAAGACGUCGACGACCAGGAUAAUCAAAUGGACGGUGCAAGCAGUACAACCUCCAGCGAAGUAAUCUCGCCACGUGGCGAGGAGCAGUAUGGCUAUCAACGCCAAUUACUGCUGAGUCAUUUGGUGGAAAGGCACGGCAUGGACACCCUGUUGAAGGCCGCGACGCGGUUGCUGCGGGUUGUUCCUCUUCCCUUCCCUCCAUUCUGUGAGACGCCCCAGGAAGACGGCACCCGGCGUCCUCGCGACGAUCCACAAGGCAACGGCUUUGCGCAACGGCAAAGCGGUGUCGGUGCUGGUGGUGGUGGUGGUGGUGGUGGCGAUUCAAGUAGCGCUGCUUCUUUUUCCUCUUCUUCUGUGCCAUUUUCGACAACGAUGUUGCCCUGUCCCUCGUUUCUGGGUCAGCUGCAGUUGGCAGCCGAAGGCGUUUCUGGGGCGAAUGGGUUUCACUCUGGCGCCUCCCGCUGCGAUGGUGAGGGAGGGGUCAGUGGUGCCACCCCUUUGCACGAUAUGCCUUUUGCCCACCUUGCCCAGAGAGAACUGCGUCACAUCUUGUUUUUGAACGAGACCCCAGUGCCCGUGGAAGAGAAUGGGUUGCCUUCUACAGGCGGUGUUGCUGGUGCCGCCUUGGCCGUCGCUGCGACCGCCUCUAUGAGGAUUGCAUCAAAGCCGCAGAAACGCUUUCGUUGCGGAGUUGUAAAUAGCGUGGCGGUGUUCUGCGACCCUGUAAAGGGUGGAGUGUUUGUGUUUUCCAGUGACGAGUACGGUGGCCUCUUCAUGGCGGGCGGCUUGCUUCCGCCCCGCGGCUAA